AUGGUUCAUUCUACCGCCAUCACCGUUGCUGCAGCUGCCCUCCUAGCUGCUUUGCCAGUCAACGCGGGGCUCUACACUAAGAGCUCACCUGUCCUGCAGCUUGAUGGCAAGAGCUACGAUCGGUUGAUUGCCCAGUCCAAUUAUACCUCUAUUGUCGAGUUUUAUGCUCCCUGGUGCGGCCACUGCAAAAGUCUCCAACCCGCUUACGAGAAGGCAGCCAAGAGCCUCGCCGGCCUGGCCAAGGUCGCUGCUGUAGACUGUGACGAGGAACUGAACAAGCCAUUCUGCCAGAAGUUUGGCGUGCAAGGUUUCCCAACACUCAAGAUCGUCAAGCCUGGCAAGACCCCGGGAAGGCCCAUAGUCGAAGACUACAAUGGACCGAGGAAUGCGAAGGGCAUUGUGGACGCAGUGAUCGACAAGAUUCCGAAUCAUGUGAAGAAGGUGGAAGACAAAACCUUAGAGGCGUGGUUGGCGGAAGCAAACGAUACUGCAAAAGCUAUCCUUUUUACCGACAAGGGCAAAACUAGUGCUUUAAUGAAGGCAAUUGCAAUCGAAUUUAAGGGUAGCAUUAGUGUAGCGCAAACUCGAAACACCGACAAGGAGAAGGCUACUUUGGAGCUGUUCGGGAUCACUAAGUUCCCAACCCUGCUUCUGCUUCCGGGAGGAAAGGAGGCCCAAGGCAUGGUCUAUGAUGGAGAGCUUAAGAAAGAAGCAAUAGUGACCUUCCUAUCCCAAGCUGCAGCACCAAAUCCGGAUCCCGCGCCUCCCAAGGUGAAGCUCCCGAAGUCAAAGGAGUCAAAGAAAGCCUCCAAGAACAAACAGUCUACCGAAGGAACAGCCACCGCAGCGAGCGCCACGGAAGAAGACCUGGAGGAGGAACCGACCGAGUCACCACAGCCUAAGGUCGAGUCCGAGAAACCAACUGUCAUUCAUGACCCAGCGCCACCGAUUCCCUUCCUUGCCUCAGAAGCAGAGUUGAGGGCUGAGUGUCUCGGUCCUCGAACUGGAACCUGUAUCCUGGCUCUCCUUCCUCAAGCACCUGAUGAUGUAACUAUUAAGGCAUUGGGCGCAUUAUCCGAGUUGGCUCACAAAUACAGACAACAUAAGCGUACUAUAUUCCCUUUCUAUGUCUUGCCUCUGCAGAACCAAGGCUCUGCCGCUAUUAGGGAUUCCCUAAAAUCGAUUGGGGAUACGGACGUAAUUGCGGUAAAUGGUAGACGCGGAUGGUGGAGGCAAAUAUCCCGGUCUGAUUCUAUUCUUGCAGAGAAGGAUGUCACCGAGGAGGCUAUUGAGGCCUUUGUUGAUGCCAUUAGGUUGGGCGAAGGAGCGAAACAAAAGUUGCCUGGUGGGUUGAUUCUAGACGAGGUAGUUGAAGAGUCCGCACCAGAAGAAGCACAAGAGCCAGCUAAGACAGAGGAGACGCCAGUCGUCGCCGAAGACGCUAAAGCCGAAGAACCCAAGGUGCCGGAACAUGGCGAGCUUUAA